AGAGAGAGAGAGAGAGAGUCUAUCUUUGAGAUCUGAAAGAAAAGAAAAGAAAACAUAUUAAGAUAACAACAAAAAGCCGGCAAGAGAGAGAGAGUGUGUGUGAAAGAAAUGUUUUGUUUAAGCAUUUGUUUUUUUUUUUGGAUGAGAAAAAAAGCAUAGCUUAAAAGAGUGAUAUAAAUCCGUGUGCCCGUGCUGCUUUUUAUUUACCGAGUAGUAGCUGUUGCUACAGACUCUCCUUUUCUCUCUCUCUUUCUCUGUCUGUCUCUCUCUGCAUGAAAACUCUUUAAAUCAAAAUUCUGCAGAUUUUUUCUUUUGGUUGAGUUGUGACUGACUGUAAUCUGGGGUUAGAGUUGAAGAUCUAGCUGGGGUUGUUCUCAAAGUUGUUUCUUUUCCUGGUGGGUCUUUCUGAAUCCGAACCACUUUCAAGCUCUUGAAUCUGCAUUUUUUAUUAGUACUGUAAAAAGGUAUAACUUUGGUUCUGUGAUUGUUAGCAGCUAUAAGGUGAAAUUUAUCAGAAAAACGAAGAAAGAAAUGUGCGGAACUUGAUCUGUAAAAACUCUCCAGAAUCUUCAAAAAGGCUAUUUUGGAUUUAGGAGACAAAACUAGUAAUUUUUUACUUUUCCACUACUUUGGGGGCUGCAGAAAGUGCAAAGUGACAAAGCCUCUCUGAGCCCAAGCAUAUCUUUGAUUUUAAUGCAAAGAAAGAAAGCAUUUACUGAAGCUUCUUCAAGAGCUAUGAAGUAGAAGUAGAACCCUUUAUUGCUUUCAAAAAGAAGUAAUUAAAAAUAAAAGAAAAAACCACUGUUUGAUCAGUGAUUUUGGUUGUGGGUUUUAUUUCUUGUGUACUAAAUAUGAAGGAGGCAGAGAAGAGCUUGGAUCCUCAGCUAUGGCAUGCCUGCGCUGGAGGCAUGGUUCAGAUGCCUCAGGUUAACUCCAAGGUCUUCUAUUUCCCUCAGGGCCACGCAGAGCACGCUCAGGUUCACGUAGAUUUCAGCUCUUUACCCAGAAUUCCUGCUCUCAUUCCUUGCAGAGUUGGGGAUGUGAAGUUCUUAGCUGACCCUGAAACUGAUGAGGUUUUCUCAAAGAUCAGAUUGGUUCCACUUGGAAACAGAAACAUUGGUGAGCUUGAUUUUGAGGAUGAUGGGGUUGUGGGGGCUAAUGGGUCUGAAAAUCCAGAGAAACCGGCUUCGUUUGCUAAGACAUUGACUCAAUCUGAUGCUAACAACGGUGGGGGUUUCUCGGUUCCGAGGUACUGCGCUGAGACGAUCUUUCCACGGUUGGAUUACACGGCGGAUCCGCCUGUGCAAACUGUGAUUGCCAAGGAUGUUCAUGGCGAGGUUUGGAAAUUCAGGCAUAUUUAUAGAGGUACACCACGGCGGCAUUUGUUGACAACUGGGUGGAGCACAUUUGUGAACCAGAAGAAGCUGGUUGCAGGGGAUUCAAUCGUGUUCCUCAGAGCCGAAAAUGGCGAUCUUUGUGUUGGUAUUCGACGUGCCAAGCGUGGAAUUGGUGGUGCACUUGAAUCUCCAUCUGGGUGGAACCCUGGUCCAGGAAAUUCUGUUUCUUCUUAUGGUGGAUUUUCCAUGUUUUUGAGGGAGCAGGAGAACAAAGUAAUGAGAAAUUCAAGCCCAGCUGGUGGCAAUUUGAGUGGAAAGGGAAAGGUGAGGCCUGAAUCAGUUAUAGAAGCUGCGGCUCUUGCUGCUAGUGGGCAGCCAUUUGAGGUUGCUUAUUAUCCGAGGGCCAGCACGCCGGAGUUUUGUGUUAAGGCCUCGGCUGUGAAGGCCACUAUGAGGACGCAAUGGUGCUCCGGGAUGAGGUUUAAGAUGGCAUUUGAGACCGAGGAUUCUUCCAGGAUAAGCUGGUUCAUGGGAACCAUUGCAUCUGUUCAGGUUGCUGACCCUCUCCGUUGGCCUAAUUCCCCAUGGCGGCUUCUUCAGGUGACUUGGGAUGAGCCAGAUUUGCUACAAAAUGUGAAGCGCGUAAGCCCAUGGUUGGUUGAGGUGGUAUCAAAUAUGCCCGUUAUUCACAUCUCGCCCUUCUCACCACCAAGAAAGAAGUUUCGGUUUCCACAACACCCAGACUUUUCACAUGACGGCCAAUUUUCAAUGCCGUCAUUUUCAGGCAACCCCCUUGGGUCCAGCAGCCCCUUGUGUUUUCUAUCUGAUAACACUCCUGCAGGCAUACAGGGAGCCAGGCAUGCUCAAUUUGGUAUAUCUUUAUCAGAUCUCCACUUUAACAACAAACUGCAGCCAGGGCUGUGUCCAUCCAAUUUUCAGCGAUACAAUAUGAAUCCUAGAACUUCCAAUAGCAUUAUGACAAGCAAUACAAACAGCAAUGAAAAUUUAUCUUGCUUAUUAACAAUAGGAAAUUCUAGUCAGAAUUUGGAGAAAUCUGAUAGUGUGAAGAGACACCAGUUUUUACUCUUUGGUCAACCAAUAAUCACCGAGCAGCAGAUAUCUAGAAGCUGUUCUAGUGACACAGUCUCACAAGUUCUUACAGGGAAAAGUUCAUCAGAUGAGAAUCAAGACAAAGUAAAGUUUCUUUCUGAUGGAUCAGGAUCCACUCUUGAUCAGCAAGUUUCACCAGAAAAGUCAUCAAGUACUGGAUUUUCAUGGCACCAGGGUUUCCAAACCACUGAACUUGGCCUGGAUACAGGUCACUGCAAGGUUUUCAUGGAGUCAGAGGAUGUGGGACGCACACUUGACCUUUCAGUUCUUGGCUCUUAUGAAGAGCUUCACAGGAGGCUGGCCAACAUGUUUGGAAUAGAAAGAUCAGACAUGCUGAACCAUGUUGUCUACCGAGAUGCAACAGGUGCUGUCAAGCAAACUGGAGAUGAACCAUUCAGUGAUUUUAUGAAAACAGCAAAAAGACUCACUAUCUUUAAUGUUUCGAGCAGCAACAAUAUUGGAAGGACAUGGAUUACAGGGAUGAGGAAUGCUGAAAAUGGACUUGAUGCAUCUAACAAGACAGGUCCCUUGAGCAUAUUUGCCUAAUUAUGUGGAACUUGACACUUGAUGUUGAAAAAACUGAAUGAAUGUUGAAGACUGCUUAAUUGUUAAAGUAAAUUUUAGUUCGGAGAAACAGGAAAUGAAACUCCAUCUUCUAAUUAUGCUGAUGCCUUGAUAUGUUUCUUGGUUGAAGUGACUGUAUUUGCUGAAAAUCAACUCAACAUUAUGGUGGAUUUUUCUUGUCUAUGUUGAUGCUUAAUGUUAUUGUGAAUUUUU